AUGCAAGAGGAGAUUGAGGCUUUACAUAACAACAAGACUUGGAUACUGGUGCCUAAAACAGCAGGGAUGAACAUAGUUGGCUCAAAAUGGGUGUUCAAAACCAAGUUGAAGGCAGAUGGAACCAUAGACAGACAUAAAGCAAGACUAAUCAAGCAGCUAGAUGUCAAAAAUGCCUUUCUACAUGGUCAUUUACAAGUCCUAAAGAAAGCACUGUAUGGCCUCAAACAGGCACCUAGAGCCUGGUUUGACGGAUUCAGCCUACAUUUACUUCAUCUAGGAUUCAUUUGCAGCAAGGCAGACUCUUCCUUGUUUAUCCUACAUUGCAAAAGAAGCACAAUUUUGCUUUUGCUGUAUGUAGAUGAUAUCAUAAUAACAGGAAGUAAUUCUGAGCAUGUCUCAGAGAUUAUCGUCACACUAGGCAAAGAGUUUGCAAUGAAAGAUCUUGGUCCUCUCCAUUUUUUCUUAGGCAUUGAAGUCAAGCAGUUCUCAGGAGGAAUUCACUUGAGUCAAAGCAAGUAUGCUGCUGAACUUCUACAUAAGACUGACAUGACACUGGCCAAAGCAGUGCAUACACCUCUGGCUCAGAAACAUGGAUUACAAGAAGCAACAGGCAGUCCUGUUGAUGUCUCUUUGUAUAGAAGCAUUGUUGGGAGUCUCCAGUAUUUAACACUCACCAGGCCUGAUAUCACUCAUGCAGUCAACUUGGCUAGUCAGUUUAUGCAGAGUCCUAAUAGUGAGCAUCUUCUAGGUGUCAAAAGAAUCCUCAGAUAUGUCAAAGGAACUCUGCAGCAUGGUCUCAGGAUUAUCUCACAGUCUUCUUGCAGGUUAUAUGGUUAUUCAGAUGCAGAUUGGGGAGGUUGUCCAACUACUAGGAGAUCAACUACAGGUUACAGCAUCUAUCUUGGAGCAAACUGCAUUUCUUGGGCAUCCAAGAAGCAAUCUACAGUAGCAAGAUCAAGUGUUGAAGCUGAAUAUAGAGCUUUAGCAUCUACUGCAGCUGAGAUGACAUGGAUCACCUACAUUCUUCAUGAUAUUGGCGUGUACAUUAAAAGAGUCCCUAUAUUGUACUGUGAUAACUUGAGUGCUCUAUAUAUGACUGUUAAUCCUGUGAUGCAUGCAAGGACUAAACAUGUUGAAAUGGACUACCACUUUGUUAGGGAAAAGGUGGCUAGAGGACAAUUGCUAACACAGUUUGUAAGGUCAAAGGAUCAACUAGCUGAUAUACACACUAAGGCCUUGACAAAGCAAGUGUUUCUUGGUUUUAAGCAAGCUAGGAGUGGCAGUUCCUCCAUCCACUAG